CUGUCAUUGGCUGACUGCUUUAUAAGCGCGGCCUAUCACGUCACACCGCACUCAGCUGGCCCAAUGUCAAGGCCUGUGAUUGGUCCAAACGUUUGGCGCCUCUUAAAUCUGCGGCAGCGGCCAGUGGGUGGUGAGAAGAGAGCGGGCACCGGGGUUGUUGUCGAAUUGAAGAGAAUUCGGCGGCGUAAACAUAUUUUGUUUGUGUGUGUAACAGCCGGGUUCAAACUCAGAUCGCGCCGAGCCUGUUUAAGUAAAGUCACGGCACUGCCGGAGUGAAAGGUUUUGUCCUUGUUAGCUAACUGCUCGCCAGCUAUCGCGCUAUCCCCCCCAGCUAGCUAGCAAGCUAAUCGGCAACACAAAGGACGACUUUGCUCAGCGCGGUCUUGAAUGACGACGGAGCCUCUGUAUGUGCCUCUUUUUUCCCCGAAUGUCAUUGACUCCUGUAAUGUCAGGCGACUCUUAUGUUUGGUAACUUAGUCACAGCUAAGCUAGCUAAGUCGGGGUGUAAACUUCCAAGGAGCCUUCCAUUCAUGCCGGUGCUGCCGUCCAUCACUCCUUUAGUACUUCACGUCCAUCAUGGUGCUGACUGGGAAGCGUUCAGAGAAAGGUCCGGGGCGCUGGAAGAGGAGAGUCAAGUCUGAGUACAUGAGGCUGCGCCAGCUCAAGCGCUUCAGGCGGGCCGACGAAGUCAAGAGCAUGUUCAACACCAACCGCCAAAAAAUCCUGGAGCGCACCGACAUCUUGAACCAGGAGUGGAAGACCCGCCGCAUCCAGCCGGUCCACAUCAUGACGUCUGUGAGCUCGCUCAGAGGCACGCGAGAGUGCACGGUGGACAGCGGCUUCUCCGAGUUCCCGCGUCAAGUCAUCCCCCUGAAGACCCUGAACGCCGUGGCCUCCAUCCCUGUCAUGUACUCGUGGUCGCCGCUGCAGCAGAACUUCAUGGUGGAAGAUGAGACGGUGCUCUAUAACAUUCCAUACAUGGGAGACGAGAUCCUGGACCAGGAUGGCACCUUCAUCGAGGAGCUCAUUAAGAACUACGAUGGCAAAGUCCACGGAGACAGAGAAUGCGGCUUCAUCAACGACGAGAUCUUCGUGGAGUUGGUGAGCUCGCUGGCGCAGUACAGCGACAACGAGGACGAGGAGGAAGAAGAGCCCGACUUCAAGAUGGAGAUGUGCGAUGGCAAGGAGCACCUGGAGGACGCACACCACAUCAAUGAGAGCCGUACAAACGAUUGCAGCAGGAGGUUUCCCUCUGACAAGAUCUUUGAAGCCAUCUCAGCCAUGUUCCCUGACAAAGGUUCUACUGAAGAGCUGAAAGAGAAGUACAAGGAGCUGACACAGCAGCAGCUUCCUGGCGCCUUGCCUCCAGAGUGCACGCCCAACAUCGAUGGGCCCAACGCUCGCUCCGUGCAGCGCGAGCAGAGCCUGCACUCCUUCCACACGCUCUUCUGCAGGCGCUGCUUCAAAUACGACUGCUUCCUGCAUCGUGAGUCUUUCCACGCCACUCCCAACACGUACAAGCGGAAGAACCUGGAAAACCUGGUGGACAGCAAGCCUUGUGGCGAGGAUUGCUACAUGUACCUGCUGCAGGAGGGGAUAGCGAACGAGUAUCCUGCGGGGGGCGCCGGCGAGCGUGCCAAGACGCCCUCCAAGCGUACGACGGGGCGGCGCCGUGGACGACUUCCUAACAGCAACAGCCGCCCCGGCACACCCACCGUUUCCUCGGAGGCGAAGGACACGGACAGCGAGCGAGAAGGCAGCAAAGAUGACGAGGAAGACAAGAAGGACGACAACAGCAGCAGCUCAGAAGGAAACUCGCGCUGUCAGACGCCCGUCAAGAUGAAGCUUAUCGCCGAGACGCUGGAGUGGAGCGGCGCCGAGGCCUCGCUGUUCCGCGUCCUCAUCGGCACGUAUUACGACAACUACUGCGCCAUCGCGCGCCUCAUCAGCACCAAGAGCUGCCGACAGGUGUACGAGUUCCGGGUCAAAGAGUCGAGCAUCAUCGCCCGCGCCCCGGCCGAAGACGAGGACACGCCCCCCAGGAAGAAGAAGAGGAAGCACCGGCUGUGGGCCACUCACUGCAGGAAGAUCCAGCUGAAGAAAGACGGCUCGUCCAAUCACGUCUACAACUACCAGCCGUGUGACCACCCGCGCCAACCCUGCGACUCGUCGUGCCCGUGCGUCACCGCUCAGAACUUUUGCGAGAAGUUCUGCCAGUGCAGCUCAGAGUGUCAGAACCGCUUCCCGGGCUGCCGCUGCAAAGCUCAGUGCAACACCAAGCAGUGUCCGUGCUACUUGGCAGUGAGGGAGUGCGACCCCGACCUCUGCCUCACGUGUGGCGCCGCCGAGCACUGGGACAGCAAGAACGUCUCCUGCAAGAACUGCUCCAUCCAGAGGGGCGCCAAAAAGCACCUGCUGCUCGCUCCGUCCGACGUGGCGGGCUGGGGCAUCUUCAUCAAGGAGCCGGUCCAGAAGAACGAGUUCAUCUCUGAAUACUGCGGCGAGAUCAUCUCUCAGGAUGAAGCGGACCGCAGAGGCAAAGUGUACGACAAGUACAUGUGCAGCUUCCUCUUCAACCUCAACAACGACUUCGUGGUGGACGCCACGCGUAAAGGCAACAAGAUCCGCUUCGCCAACCACUCGGUCAACCCCAACUGUUACGCCAAAGUGAUGAUGGUGAACGGCGACCACCGCAUUGGAAUCUUCGCCAAGAGAGCCAUUCAGACUGGGGAGGAGCUUUUCUUUGACUACAGGUACAGUCAAGCGGACGCUCUCAAGUACGUUGGCAUCGAGCGGGAGGCGGAGAUGGCCUGAUGUCUACUUCACCUGUGACGGAGCCUUACACACACACACACACACACACACUUCAGGAGAACAAGACAUGUUAGCAACAUUUCAGGAACAAUCUUUUAGUCUUCUGGAGUGUCUCUUCAGCAAGUUUUGGUCUGAACCCAAAGAACAAGACUUUUCUUUUUUGCUGUGAGAUAAAUCAUCUCCAUUCAACUUCAGGGACCAAAUUCACCAGCAGACGGCUUCUUUUUUUAAACUGACAACUUGUUCACAGGCUGGCUUGUUUCUAGAAAACCAUCUGUAUUUUUAUGUUCUGAUAGUUAUGAUGCAGCAAACUUUUUUUACUUCUGGUGCUGAAGACUUUCUGAGACUCAGCCAAAAAUGUCGUUUAAUAUUCAUCUGCUGUCUUCUUGUCAAAAGGCAAAAUGUUCACAACGAUAAAGAAUUUGAUUGACAAA